AGCAAGCUGCUUCACUCCUCUCCUCGCCUGCGAGUUACACGCGUCUUGUGGCAGAUAGGGGUCGCUGUGCUCGUCUUCGCAACAACGUAAAAACCCUUUUUUGUAGAGUUUCUUCUAGGUCUGCAUUGAAAACAGCUUAGAAUGGCAGACACCGCAGUCGACACUACCACCGCCGAGGUUUCUCCUAAAAAGGACAUCAAGGAGAAGAAGGACGUUGCAGAGGAGGUCGAAAAGAAGGAGAACGGCAGUGAUGAGACGCCAGCCAAUGGAACAGAAGAGAAUGGCGCAGACCAUAGUGAGGAAAACCCUGACGAUGUAGAUGAUGAGGAGGAAGAUGAAGAAGCUGAAGGUGAGGGGGAGGAGGAGGAGGAAGGUGAGGGAGAAGAAGGUGCCGAAGAAGAGGAGACCGAUGGGCCUCCUGUGAAACGUCCUGCCGAGGAGGAGGAGAAAGUUGAAUCAAAAAAGCAGAAGACAGAGAGCAGCGAAUCGACAGAAGCUGAAGCAAAAGCCUAAAACCUCCUCCCUCUCUCCCCUUUCCCAGCUCCGCCCGCAAGGUCAGCCUGACAGGGUAGAGGCUGUGCUUUCUAUUACAAUUUAUAUAUCUUGCGAAGCGAUUACACCCAAAUCCUGUAACAUCACACAGCCAGACAUCUGGAGGAUGUGUUUUUGUGAAAUGUUAUUUAUUCUGUGUGGUGGGUUUCCCGGCUCUACAGCAUGCACUUAUGUGUUUGCAGGCCAGAUACAAAGCACAAGCCCUACUGUGCUGGCUGACCGGUCGGUGCAAACUCCUCAUGCAGCUAUGCCCUGGGGGGUGGGUGCGAAGUAUAAAACCUAGUCUUUUUAGCAUCCAGUCAAGACCAAAGAAGCUGGGUCUCAUGAUUGGGAGGGGGGUGGAAGAAUAGUUCUGAGAAAACGGCCGCUCAGGUCAGUUUUAUGCCGUCUGUACCAUCGGGACUGCAAUGCUCUUCGGGAUGUUAGAUGUUGCUGUUGCUACAUACUUCCCAGUCUUAUGGGUGGAAAGGUUUUGGUCAUGUUCUGUAUCAACUUUUGUAUUUUUUUUCCCCUGUGGAAACACAGCCCGGUCACCUUCGGUCACAGGGAACACACUAAGCGUUUCUCCAGCACCCUGUCCGCACUUCUGAGCAAUGAUACCCUUUUCAGCUGGUCACUGCUUUGUAUAUUCUGGUUCUCAUUUAUAAAUAAAAUUUUUUUCUUUUUUA